CCGAGCCGGGCCGGAGCGCGGCUCUGCUCCCUGGAAGGUCUCUGACUCUCCGUGGGGAAGGCAGCUCGGGAUGCGCAGCGCUCCUGCGGCCUCUCCUGCCCGUGGGAUGCGGGGCGUGCGGCAACGCGCGCGGGAUUUGCCCGCCUGGUGGCUGGUUCUGCAUGAGAGGAGGGAAGAUUUUUAGGACUGAAAGAAAGUACUAAGCUAUUUCAGUCUUUAUUUGCAUCAUCUUCUCUGUGUGGGGGACGUUAAUAGUUUUUGCAGUUGUGUUUACGGUCUGUGUUUAUAAACACCUCGGAUGCUCUCAUCAUUUAGUGAAACAGCGUUAAUAUUUACAGCUUACUCGGGAUGCUGAAUUCUCUACGUUCGUCGCGUUGGAAGCGAUGUUUGGGUGACCGAUGUUGCAUAAUAGUAGAUUAAGAGUUAAAAGUUGGAGAAGACACAAGGAGGACUAUAAAAUGCACUGCGUGCUGUUUGUUCUUGUGAGCUGGAAGAUUGAAUGUUGUGCAAUCCAAGAGAAACAGUCUACCAACCACUGCCACGUUUUCAUCUGUUGGUAAACAUCAGCUGCUGGUUGGUCUUGAGGGAGGAAGACUGAAUUAGAUCCAGAUGGAUAACUCUUUCAGCCCAUUUCAGACUUCCCAGUUGAUUUAAGACAGCAGACCUGAAAAAGGAGGAUGAGUCACGAAUCCAUUUUUCUUAAUAAAUUCUCUUAAGGAAUGCGUAUCUUCCUUCAAACUGGCGAGGUAACACAAGUGUAUGGUUUAACGCGAGCGUGUCAUCGGGUCUUGUACCCCAGUGUGCUGCUAGCGUGAUUUCCCAGUAAAAUGGAAAGAGGCAGAAAAAAAUGGAGUAGACCACAUGAAGAAGCAUGUGAAGUUUAUUUUUACGCAAAAUGUUAUUUGGAGGACCAAGUACACUUUUUCAGGCCAUGGAAGAUAAAAGACUAAUCACGUGAUAUCUUUGUUCUGUCAAAGUGCUGUUCUGUGCUAAGUCAACGUUGGUUUGUAUUAAGGACAAAUAUUAAUUUCUUAAUGUCAGCAUGUCGACUGUGACAAGCGCUCAGACACCGGAGGAACCUAAUCCCCCCCUCCUUGAAGAAAAGCCAAAGGGAAAAUCACUAUUUCAUUUGGGUUCGCUCUUUGCUAACAGGAGUGAAAAAUUUGUAAUUGCCAGGAGUGAUAGUGUACCAGAGGAGAAUGUUCUGAAAAUAACUAUCACGGAGACUACGGUCAUUGAGUCGGACUUGGGCAUCUGGAAUUCUCAUGCUCUCAUCUACCUCACUUUGUGGUUUUUUUUCAGCUUUUGCACUCUUUUUCUUAACAAAUACAUUCUUUCAUUACUGGAAGGAGAGCCCAGCAUGCUAGGUGCUGUUCAAAUGCUUUCAACCACUUUCAUUGGCUGUAUAAAAAUGUUUGUUCCAUGCUGCUUGUAUCAACACAAAACACGCAUCUCUUAUCCACCCAAUUUCAUCAUGAUAAUGCUGUUUGUUGGAUUAAUGAGAUUUGCAACAGUAGUCUUGGGUCUUGUCAGCUUGAAAAAUGUGGCAGUUUCAUUUGCAGAAACUGUUAAAAGCUCUGCACCUAUUUUUACAGUUAUCAUGUCUCGGAUGAUAUUAGGAGAAUACACUGGAUUGCUGGUUAAUCUCUCUCUCAUUCCUGUUAUGGGUGGCCUAGCUCUCUGUACAGCUACUGAAAUCAGUUUCAACAUUCUAGGUUUCUCGGCAGCUUUAUCUACUAAUAUCAUGGACUGUUUGCAAAAUGUCUUUUCCAAAAAACUACUCAGUGGAGAUAAAUACAGAUUUUCAGCCCCAGAACUUCAGUUCUACACAAGUGCUGCUGCAGUGGUUAUGCUUAUUCCAGCUUGGAUAUUUUUCAUGGAUGUGCCUGUGAUUGGAAAAAGUGGGAGGAGCUUCAGCUACAACCAAGAUGUUGUCGUGCUUCUCUUGAUAGAUGGAGUCUUGUUCCACCUCCAAAGUGUUACAGCCUAUGCCUUGAUGGGAAAAAUUUCUCCUGUGACUUUCAGUGUUGCUAGUACUGUGAAGCAUGCGCUGUCGAUCUGGCUAAGUAUUAUUGUGUUUGGUAACAAAAUCACGAGCCUCUCAGCCAUUGGGACUGUUCUAGUGAUAAUUGGAGUUCUACUAUAUAACAAGGCAAAGCAGCAUCAGCAAGAGACUAUACACAGCCUGGCGGCUGCAGCCCCACAAUCUGCACAAAGUACAGCUGAAGACACUGAGCCACUCAUUUCCAAGGAGUUGGAACCGUAUGAUUAAUAUGGCCAUUUAUUCUUCCAACCUAGUGUAACUCAAAGAAACUCUUCCUGAAAGUGGUUUGUUUCUUCAACUGUUGAUGCCGAUUUGGUUCCUUUGAGUUUGUGGCAGGUCAAGGCUGGGACUUGAAGCAGAGAGAAAGCAAUGGGAAGAAUCCAGUAAGCCUUGAUUUGCUGAGAAACUGAUAUACCAGAGGACCUAGUAUCAUAUAAUGUGGUAAACGUGGGCUUUAGUGUCUUUCCUUGACUGCAAAUAACGUACAAGCCUAUGUUAGAGUAAGAACGUCAGUGUCUCAUGGGAAAACGAUUCCUUUCUCCCUGUCAAAAUAAUGUGAAAACACGGACCCAUCACUGUAUUCUGCUUGCUUGCAGUGGAAAGAAGUUGGUGCGUAACUGAAAUUCCUAGUUGUUUGUUACUCUACGCUGCCUGUGUCCUCCAUCGUUCGUAUGCACUGCAGAGCUGGAGGAAGGAACCCCUUCCUCUCCCAACAAAUGACUUAUUUUGGUAUACGUCUAGUUGAAGUAAACUAGGGAAAUGAGUCCAUACCCCAAAGCAGUGAUGAGCAGCUAUUUCUGACUACAGAGCUAGGAAUGAAAAGUGAUUUUUCUACUGAAAUUUAACACGGAAAUAUUGCAUCCUGGUUGUGCAUUGACAAUAUUGAAAUGCAAGUAUACACACAUAUACAUGCACUGUAUAAAUGGGGUGUUGAAUUCAAUGUUUGCAGUUGCUUAGAGGUAAAAAACACUGAAAAUUUCUGGUGAUAAAGGAAACAGGAUCUCUGUAUUUCUAGAAGAAACCAUUUUAGUAUUUUAAUUUCUUGCAUUUUAUUAUAUGUUUCUGUUAUGAGGAAAUAGAUUUUUUUUAUUAUUAUUUUGAAGAGCACAACAAAAUACUGUCUUUCAGAAACUCAGGGUUAUAAUUCUGACCUGUGUGCAAAGUAUUUCUAUCAUUUCUGAUUAUGUAAAGAGUCUUGGAGGUAUCCGUGACAGAGGUGGAAGAGAGGUCACUAAAGGGAGGAAUAGUAACCGUAAACUGAGGCUCAUCUUUAUUUCUACUGCUUUUUUUAAGGAAAUUCUGUUUUGUGGUAGAUCAAAGAUUAAAAGUUAACUUUGAAAAAAUAAAAAAAAAUUCUUAAGUAUUAGUAAUUAGUUUUGGCAAAAAAGCACAUGCAGCUACAAAAACAUUCAAAUGGACCUUUUGGUAACAAAAUGAACAAUUAAAACGAGCUGAUUUUUGAUAAUUGUCACUGUUCUGAAAGAUUGUAGCAUGGCGUUAGAAGAAUGGAUAAAAUGGUCUUUGUGUAAAAUUUGUAGUAGGAAGUUACCAGUGGAGUUCCUGCAAAAUUUAAGCUCAUGCUCCCAUUUCCACACGUUGAGGUAUUCCGUUGGCUUUAGUGAACUAUUCUUGCAGAGAGCAAAACUGCCUCUCUGAAGAAGCUUGCCUUCUGUUGAAGUAGUGCGUGCUUGUUUUGUCUUAGGCUUACUUCAGGUUACAUUCCUGUACAUGACUGGUGGCCUGGGGCAUAUUCCCUGAAGACCUGAGUGGGAGGGAAGUGUCAGGUUUUUUCAUCAUUGUGUCUGUGAUGUCUGUGGUUUUCUGUUUCUUUGUACUCCUAGCCCUUUUACAAAAAGCUGUGGACUAUGGGGUGGAGCUCUGUUCUUCCUUUUUCUUUUUUCUUUUUUUUUUUUUUUUUUGUAGUUACACUUUUAAAAAUCCCAGUGUAUUUGGCAGAAAACAUUGUAUUUCUGCUCUUGUUGGAUGACAGAAAUGUAAGUGGCUUUCUAGUUGCCUAGCCCCAUUCUCAUGUAAACCCCUUCAUCGGCUGAUUGAGCUCUGUUUUGAAAGCUAGCAGGCUUUUGCCUUUCCUGUUGCUGGAAAACUUUCUGUGAACCAAACAGCUGGGAGGAUUUUGGAACUUGUAAUUUCUAACGUGUGUCUUAGCUUAUGAGUGGCUGGUGUAGCCCCACCUGUUCUGUGGCAGCAUGAUAAUCCUGUUCUACUAGGGGUUUGUUUUCACAGUGUUGAUCUUAUGUACUUUUUCUAUGCAGUUGUCUUGGCCUUUAUUUUUAUUAGAUUAAACAAACCAACCUCUUCACUGUCCACUUUUGUAAGACCUUUUCUUACUCCAGCCAUACUAGUAAUUCUC